CCGUGUCGUCAGUAGUGACAGGGUGGGAUCAGUUGAACUGACGGGGGCGGCCUGCAGUCUGACUCAGUGGGGUUGCUCUUGCCGUCUUUCGCCCAAGUCAUCCACGCUUCACUUUCGUUGCCGCUGCCACAUCCCGGGACCACCACUAUGGCAGACCAGUACCAGUACAACACCAACGAGGAGAAGUUAGUGAAGGACAGCCACACCAAGGAGAUUGACUUGAUCAACCGAGACCCCAAUUCGAUCAAUGAUGAUGUGAUUAAGGUGGAGUUUGAGGAUGUGAUCGCUGAGCCCGAUGGCACACACAGUCUGGAUGGGGUUUGGAAGCUCAGCUACACCACCUUCACAGUAUCCAAGUACUGGUGCUACCGCAUCCUUUCUGCCAUCUUCGGUAUCCCUGUGGCUCUGCUGUGGGGCUUCCUCUUCGCCUGCAUCUCUUUCUGUCACAUCUGGGCGGUGGUGCCCUGCAUUAAGAGCUGCUUCAUCGAGUCCCAAUGCAUCAGCCGCAUCUACUCCCUCUGCAUCCAAACCUUCUGUGACCCCUUCUUUGAAGCCCUGGGCAAGAUCUUCAGCAGUGUGAAAGUAGCCUUGCGCAAAGAGGUCUAGAUACUCCCACAACAGUGUUUGCAUAUGUUUGGAUGAAUCAUACCCCAUUUUAUCUGGCAGACCAGAUGACCAGUCCUGGUAUCCUCAUAUUUCCCAAAACAACCCCCUCCUCCCAUUUCUUUUCUCUUCACCCAAAGCUCAUGGUCCCACCCACCUAGACCUUUGAUUCCUGACAUGUACAAAGUGCACAGUUCCACUAGGGGCUAUGUGACAGCUGCAGCAUGGUUGGCUUGGCAGUUUUGUCUCUGUUAAAAGGCAGAUUGCUAUCUGUUCACUGAGGGAAUUGAAGUCUGGCAGCCAUGGAAUGGGCAGGACUUGUGUCUCAGUGUGAAUGGAUCAUUAGAGGACAAUGGUCACAUGAUAUAAGCGACACAAACAGCAUUUCAUCAUCUGUAAGACAAUGUGGUCUAUAUAAUAUACUUUUUUGGCCAAUUCUGAGUUAAACUGUCCGAUAUGUGUAUCAGUUUGUGUGUGUGUGUGUGGUGGGUAUUUGUGCGUUUUGUGCCUGAUGCAACACUAUUUAAUGUUGUGUAAUGGAAAGAAUAAUUGUAAUCCGUGAACUAAAUUAUAUCACAUUUUACAAUAUUAAUUAAUAAUAUGCAUUUUCUUUACUGAGUAAUUUUGAUUAAAAAUAUUAG